AUCUGAACAAAAGCGAAGAAACUUCUAGUGAGGUUUUUUUCCCUCUUGUUCUGCUGCUGCUUCUUCACGUUCUCCCGGCACCAAUGGACGCUAAGAUCGGGAAGUUCUUUGAUUCUGUUGGUUCCUUCUUCAGUGGCGGAGACCAAAUCCCUUGGUGUGAUCGGGACAUCAUCGCUGGUUGUGAAAGAGAAAUUGCAGAAUCUGAUAGUGUCUCAGAAGAGCGUAUGAAUGAGAGCAUCAUGAGGUUAUCAUGGGCUCUUGUUCACUCAAGACAAUCAGAAGAUGUGCAACGUGGAAUAGCCAUGCUUGAAGCUUCUUUGGCUGGUACGAGUAGUCCUCUGCAGAAGAGAGAGAAACUUUAUCUUCUUGCUGUUGGAUAUUACAGAAGUGGUGACUAUUCAAGGAGCAGGCAGUUUGUGGAACAAUGUCUCGAGAUUGCACCAGACUGGAGGCAGGCAUUGACACUGAAAAAAACGGUUGAAGAUCGAAUUGCUAAAGAUGGUGUGAUUGGCAUAGGCAUUGCUGCAACUGCUGUUGGACUCUUAGUAGGUGGGAUUGCUGCUGCGAUGGCUCGUAAGAAGUGAUGGAACUCCUUAACCCAACUAUGUGCAUAACUACUUAACUACCAUGAUGGCUUUCUCUCUGUUGGAUUGAUAUGUUCAAGAUUUGAGGUCCUUGUGUGAUGCACUUGAAUCAAUUUUGGAGUUUUAGAUGGUACACUAGUCUAAAUAAAGUAUGUAAAAAAAAUUAGACAG